UGCGCUGCCCGCGCGCGCGCUUCUCUCCUGGCGCGGACACCGGCGCGGGUGAUGGCUGCUCCUUCCCUCGUAUUCACGUUGGCCAUCCGGCUGCUCCGGCCAGCGCAGAGCUGCCACCUCCGUCAUCGCCCCUUCCACCUCUCGGUAGCUCGAAAUGAAGCUGUUGUCAUUUCUGGAAGGAAACUUGCACAGCAGAUCAAGCAGGAAGUGCGGCAGGAGGUGGAAGAAUGGGUGGCAUCGGGCAACAAGCGGCCACACCUGAGCGUGGUUCUGGUUGGUGAAAAUCCUGCGAGUCACUCCUACGUCCUCAACAAAACCAGGGCAGCGGCAGAAGUGGGAAUCAACAGUGAGACAAUUGUGAAACCAGCUUCAAUUUCAGAGGAAGAACUGUUGAAUUUAAUUAAUAAACUAAAUAAUGAUGAUAAUGUAGAUGGCCUCCUUGUUCAGCUGCCUCUUCCAGAGCACAUGGACGAGAGAAAGAUCUGCAAUGCCGUUUCUCCAGACAAGGAUGUUGAUGGCUUUCAUGUAAUUAAUGUAGGGCGAAUGUGUUUGGACCAGUAUUCCAUGUUACCGGCUACCCCAUGGGGUGUCUGGGAAAUAAUUAAGCGAACCGGCAUUCCAACCCUGGGGAAGAAUGUGGUUGUGGCUGGGAGGUCAAAAAACGUUGGAAUGCCCAUUGCAAUGCUACUACACACAGAUGGGGCUCACGAGCGCCCUGGAGGCGAUGCCACUGUUACAAUAUCUCAUCGAUACACUCCCAAAGAGCAACUGAAGAAACAUACAGUUCUCGCAGACAUUGUGGUCUCUGCUGCAGGCAUUCCAAAUCUGAUCACAGCAGAUAUGAUCAAGGAGGGAGCAGCAGUCAUCGAUGUGGGAAUAAAUAGAAUUCAAGAUCCCAUCACUGCUAAACCCAAGUUGGUUGGAGAUGUGGAUUUUGAAGGCGUCAGAAAGAAAGCCGGUUACAUCACUCCAGUCCCUGGGGGUGUUGGUCCCAUGACAGUGGCGAUGCUAAUGAAGAAUACCAUUAUUGCUGCAAAAAAGGUGCUGAGGCUUGAAGAGCGAGAAGUAUUGAAACCUAAGGAGCGUGGAGUUGCUACUAAUUAACUGUUGUGUCUUCUGUCACAAACAACAGUCCAAGCCAGUUCAAGAGGCAAAACAGGCCAAUAGAAAUGCAAUAUUUUUUAUUUAUUUUACCGAAAUGGUUUAAAAUGAUGCUUUGUAUUUAUUGAAAGCUUAAAUGGUUGGGAGUUUGUGCACAGAACUCUGCAGUACCUCACCACGGAGCACGCCAGUAUCAUGCUGGGUCGUGUGAUCCAGCCAAGAGAAGCCAUCAACCUAGUGAUUAACAUGGAGGACAUUGUCACAGUGAGAAUGGAUGCUUAACUUUGUCAAGCCACUUCAGUUAAAAUUUGCCUUUUCUAGGAUUGCAUUUCCCAAGUGCUAUUCCAAUAAGAGUUGAUACUCACUUUAGGUUCCAAACCUUUUGAGUUCAACUGGUUAAACCAAAGGAAAAGUGUUGCUAGAGAAAAUUAGGGAAAAGGUAAAAAGGAAGAAAUGGUAAUUGCGUAGAAAAAAAUUACUCUAAUUUACAUACAUAAUGUAUGUAAAAACUACAUGUUAAUGGUGUCCUAAGCUGUCAUUUCAUGGCUUAGUGUUGGGAAAAUGUUUAGGAUGGUUCCAUGUGUUGUUAGUCCUCGUUUUAUGUGCAUUACAUUCAUGAGGUUUCCCAUUUUUUUCUAGGAUUGAAAGGCUUAUAGAUUUGUGUGUAUUGUCAUAUUUGGCUUUUCCUAUAUCCUUAAACUUCAUUGUUACAUCUUUGUACUGUUGAGGGUGUCUGUAUGUUUCCUUGGUAUAUCUUGAAACUAUUUUUGAAAAACAAAACUCGGGCUUGAUAAUCAUUAGGGCAGCUUAUAGAAGUAUGCAACUUACUUUUCCACCAAAGACUUGUCAGCAGCUGCCUGCUUUGAUGUAACCUGUUGACUUUCCCCGAUGGGUUUUUGAGAACUUAAUAUUGAAUUUAAUCAGACUUUCUGAUUAAAAGGGUUUUCUGUG